AUGUUUAUGCUCUCGAUGCAGACCACUGGACUUGUAGGAUUGGCUGUAGCCGAAAACCCUCAUGAGCGCCUGCGAAUACUGUACACAAAAAUCCUUGGUGUCCUCCAAAACAUUCCCAAAGAUGCAGCAUAUAGGAAAUACACUGAGCAGAUUGUAAAACAGCGAUUUAAUUUGGUGCAAACGGAGACUGAUGUACAAAAACUGCAGGACAAACUGAAUAGUGGUCACAUAGAAGAAGUCAUUGUACAGGCUGAAAAUGAGCUUUCCCUGGCAAGAAAAAUGAUGCAGUGGAAACCAUGGGAGCCUCUAGUUGAAGAACCUCCUUCUGACCAGUGGAGAUGGCCAAUAUAAUUUUCAAAAUGGUGUAACCUCUUGAAAGUAAAAAAAAGUUAAUUAUUAA